AUGAGUGGAGGGGCAGGCGUGCAGGUGGCCUGCUCUCUGCCCACACCCCGCCCAGCCUCUGCCGCCCCGCACAGGUUCAACCGGGCGGCGCUCAUCAUCGUGGGCUUCCUGGAGAGCGGCAACAGCACGGACUACAUCGCCAUGCACGACGUGGACCUGCUCCCUCUCAAUGAGGAGCUGGACUACGGCUUCCCGGAGGCGGGGCCCUUCCACGUGGCCUCCCCGGAGCUGCACCCCCUCUACCACUACAAGACCUACGUAGGCGGCAUCCUGCUGCUCUCCAAGCAGCACUACGAGCUGUGCAACGGGAUGUCCAACCGCUUCUGGGGCUGGGGCCGAGAGGAUGAUGAGUUCUACCGGCGCAUCACAGGAGCCGGGCUGCAGCUGUUCCGCCCCUCAGGGAUCACAACUGGAUACAAGACGUUUCGCCACCUGCACGACCCAGCCUGGCGGAAGAGGGACCAGAAGCGCAUUGCCGCUCAAAAGCAGGAGCAGUUCAAGGUGGACCGAGAGGGAGGCCUGAGCACUGUAAAGUACCGCGUGGAUGCCCGUACAGCCCUGUCUGUGGGCGGGGCCCCGUGCACCGUUCUCAACAUCAUGCUGGACUGUGACAAGGCUGCUACCCCCUGGUGCACAUUUGGCUGAGGUGGCUGGACAGUAAGAAGGCCUGUACCUACAGGCCACACUGCUACUCAGGCCCUGGACAAAGCCUCAGUCCCUGAGCCCAUCUCUAAUAAGACACGGAGUGGCCUGAAGCAGUGGACAGCAAGCCAGGUGUCUUCAGCCACAGCAGGACACACGGGCUGCCUGGGGCACCAGCGCUAGCAAUAGACUGAUGCAGAGAAGCUGGGGUGUGGCUCCCAGCCGGCACGGCACACCCGCCUCUGUGUGCUGAGGCCUGCGGGCUCUGGGUCCUCUCCUGGCCUGCCUCAUGCAGAGGUCGGGUGCAGCGAUGGGGUGCAGAGGCGAGGCCACUGAGCGAGUGGCUGGGGCCGCUGGGAGGGGUGGAGUGCAGGCCCCAGAGUGCAGGCCCCCUGAAGAGGGACGCUAGACCACUCUGGCUGCUUGUCACCGUGUAGGAACGUGGGCCUGAUGUUGCCGGAUCUUCUGAUGUUUCAAAAGAAACUGGAAUUCUGGAUUCUUCAGUGGAAGCAGUUGAUUAUUAAAUGAUAGCAACUAAUUAAAAUUCUAAAAAAGUAUGGCAGUCCAAA